CUCCGCCAGUCCGUCUUCUCCCUCCAGUUCAGCUACCCGAGUAACCGACAGACGGUGUAGAAAAGAAACAUAAAUAGAGAAACGGCGCCGUCCGCCCACCGAAUCGAAUCUGAUUCUCCUCCUUCGUUUAACUCAACUUCUCAAUCACUCCAUUCUCUCUCGACCGAAUCGAAUCAAUCUGCUCCUCCCCCGUCAAUCGCGGCUGCCAAAUUCCAUCUCUUCUGCAACUUCAUUGCCUCCUGAUACCAAUUCCUGUACAGAUCCUUCUCUCUAUCUAUGUCUCUCGCUGAUCGGACGACAAUUGGACUGAUUGUGUGGGUUUUUCUUUUGAUUGGUAAUGCAGAGAUAGUGAGAUGGCCGGAGAAGGAUCGGUGUUCGCUCCGUCACUGGAAGGGAUGAAGCAUGUCAAGUCGGAGCAAGGGGAAAUGCUCACCAAGCCUUUUUUGGAUGUCUGCAAAUUGAUCCUCCCCGUGAUCGAUAAGUUUGGAGCUGCUUUGGCCAUUGUGAAAUCUGAUAUUGGCGGCAAUAUCACUAGGUUGGAAACCAAGUAUUCAUCUGAUCCAACUAAAUACAAGCUCUUAUACAGUAUGGUUCAAGAGGAGGUUCAAGCCAAAACAGCCAAAGGAUCAUCUAGUUGUACUAAUGGUCUACUUUGGUUAACCAGAGCUAUGGAUUUCCUGGUGGAAUUGUUCCGCAAUUUGCUUACACAUCAAGAUUGGACAAUGAGCCAAGCCUGUACAGAUUCAUACAGCAAGACUCUGAAAAAGUUCCAUGGCUGGCUUGCUAGUUCGAGUUUCUCCGUUGCAAUGAAGCUUGCUCCUGAUAGGAAGAAGUUCAUGGAUGUGAUAUCUGGAAAGGGUGACAUCAAUGCUGACAUAGAUAGCUUCUGUUCAACCUUUUCCCCAUUCCUUGCAGAGAAUCACAAGUUCCUGGCUAGUGUUGGUAUGGAUGACCUCAAGGCUUCCUAGAUUUGCUGGCAAAGCAAGAAAACGAUAUGGUUGAAGCAUGAGUGACUUGAUUUACUUGCACCAUUUCUCUAUUUUUCCCCCUUUUAUCGUGGAGAGUGUUCAAGUUAGAUGCUUUGGAUCACAUGUUACACCACAACACAGCGUUUCCCUAACUUAGCUUCAUCCUUGCUGGUAUAUGAUGAGGGUCACUGAUAACUGAGUACUGUUGGCUUCAGUUGAUUAUUAUCAGAUAUCUAUCUUUGAAAAUUCUUCCGUCCCAUAGUCCAUUUUAAAUAUUUGUAAAUAUUUUCGAGCUAUUUAUAUUUCUUAACCACGUUCAUGAAACUAAUCCAACUAUGUAAUGGGUGGAAAGGAAAUUAGGGAAUGAAGAUCAUUAAAACUC